AUGGGUAAAAGGAAAGGAGGCUCUUCAGGUGGUGGUAAAUCCAAAAAGUUCAAAGUUGGUGGCUUCAUUGACCCAUAUACAAGUGGUGUGUACGCAACUUGCACUCGUGGAAGAGAGCAACAAUGUAGAAAAGAGUUGAUGAAUUUAUUCUCUGAAAAGAUUGAACAGUAUUUUGAUCUUGAAAACCUUGAAAAUAGCGAAGAAGAUGUAGAAGGAGAAUCUGAAGAACUUUCCAUUGAGGAUCAAAUAAAGAAAGAACUUGGUGAAAUGAAAGAAAGCACCGUCACCAAGAAAGAGCUUUUAACUCCUAUUGAUUUGGGCUGCGAAUGUCUUGUCUUUAUUAAGACUAGAUACCCCGUGAAACCGGAAACAUUGAUACAAAAACUUGUAGAAGAAUCGGCAUCCCUGGCUCAAAAGACAACUAGAUUCACUCAAAGAUUGACCCCUAUAUCAUUUUCGUGUUCUGCAACAAACGAAGAAUUGAUCAAAUUGGCCAAACGUGUAUUGAAACCGCACUUCCAUAAGGAAGAAGGCCAGGAGCCAUACAAGUUUGCUAUUCAGGUAUCCAAAAGAAACUUUAAUGCUAUCCCAAAACUUGAUAUAAUAAAGCGUAUAGCUGAAUGUGUAGGUAGAGAACAUGGACACUCUGUUGAUUUGAAGAAAUAUGACAAGUUAAUCAUGGUCGAGUGCUAUAAGAGUAACAUUGGAAUGAGUGUUGUGGACAAGUACGAAGAAUAUGACAAAUUCAACUUGCAGCAAAUCUUUGAUAAGACAUUAGGAAAUGACAAGGACGAUAAUUCAUCGAGAGUGAAGAAUAGUCGAGUAAAUGUAGCAACUGAGGAGGAGGAAGGUGAAAAGGAAGAAUUCCAUACUGAUAAAGAAAUUGAAGGUGGAGAGAAGACAGCAGAAGGUGAUGAACAAAAAUCUUUCGAAAAGGAAGCAUAA